UACGCCCAGGCUUUGAGAAGUAAGACUGUUGUCCUCGCCCUAGUAAAUAGCAGCAGUAGAACCGGGCGGCAUUAGAAUCAGUACAUGCAGGCAGCUACAGACUGUUUUGGACAAACAGUACUUUCUCAAUUAGUAGGUAACAAACAGAAUUAUUUUUAUUUGGCGCUGGUUGAGCCGAGACGGAGGGCCACCUUUAUCCUAGCAGAUGAGACACAGAAAUCGGGACGUUAUAGGGUAUGCUGGUCUCUGUUUUAGCUGUUUUUAAUGUUCGGAUUUUUUUUCGUGGACUAAUACUUUUUAACUCUGAAGAGAAUCGGAAAAAUAAAAUAAAUAGUAAAGGAUAUAUAGCUUGUGUAUCGAGGAAGUUAUUUGGAGUUGACAAUGUUUGGCCUUGACCGACGAUAACUUAAAUUCAAAUACUCUUGUACAGAUGGUGCGGGACGCUGCGAAUCUCGUUAUUUGCCUUGCUUUGUUUGGGAAGACUUGUUGGCUUAUCUCCUGACGGAUUUUGCAGUUUGUGGAUUUUUUAUUAUUACUUGGUGACACUUGGCAAACCGAUCAGUGGCGACAGCGUCCUUUUCUGGGUACUGCAGUUGUAAAGUUAUACUGGGGGAAUGCAGCUCAUCAACCAUAAAGACUGUUCUACAUCCACAUCCUGAGACUUGGAUAUUUUACUGGUUGGCCAGACAAAGUUCAGCUGAAGAACAGGACAAGGUUGGUCUAAUAUGUUACCAUUGGAGCUGAUCUGAAGCUGUACUCUUUUCAUGCUGAGUUGCAGCAGAGAUGACGAGCUCAUACAGAAGCAAAUAACAGUGCAGCUGGAACAUCAACUUACAACACAGCUGCAAAGUCAAGGAGACUGCAAUCUACCAGUGCCCGAAUAUGACAACAAAGCGGAAUAUAUUUGUGCGGCUUGUACCAUGUCGCUGUUUGCGAGGAGAAGAAGAAGUUAUUAGAACAAUUGAUUUUUCCCACUGCAACUUGGAACAGGUGCCUAAGGAAAUUUUCUCUCAUGAAAAGACCUUAGAAGAACUCUAUCUGGAUGCUAACCAAAUUGAUGACCUGCCCAAGCAACUUUUUAAUUGCCAAUCUCUACACAAGCUGAGUUUGCCAGACAAUGAGCUGUCAGCAUUACCACCAUCCAUCGCAAAUCUUAUUAAUCUCAGGGAAUUAGACAUCAGCAAAAAUGGUAUACAAGAGUUUCCAGAAAACAUCAAGAACUGCAAGGUGUUGACUGUUGUUGAAGCUAGUGUAAAUCCGAUAAAUAAGCUUCCAGAUGGAUUUACUCAGCUGUUAAAUCUUACACAGUUGUACCUGAAUGAUGCCUUUCUGGAUUUUUUGCCAGCAAAUUUUGGCAGAUUAACAAAACUGCAGAUACUGGAACUGAGAGAAAACCAAUUAAAAAUGUUGCCAAAAACUAUGAACAAACUGACGCUGCUGGAGAGAUUAGAUCUAGGAAGUAAUGAGUUCUCAGAAGUGCCUGAAGUGAUAGAACAGCUGACUGGUUUGAAGGAGUUCUGGAUCGAUACAAAUAGGCUUACAAUUCUGCCAGGGUUUUUGGGGAAAUUGAAAAAUCUGACAUAUUUGGAUGCCUCCAAAAAUAACCUUGAUGUAGUUGAAGAUGGGAUCUCAGGCUGUGAUGAAUUGCAAGAUCUGGUAUUGUCCAGUAACGCACUUCAGCAUCUUCCAGAGUCAAUUGGUUCCCUCAAGAAGCUUACUACACUCAAAAUUGAUGAAAACCAGUUGAUGUAUUUGCCAGAAUCUAUAGGAGGGCUUGCCUCAUUAGAAGAGCUCGACUGCUGUUUUAACGAGAUUGAAGCUUUGCCUAUAUCCAUUGGGCAGUUUGCCAAACUUAGGACAUUAGCCGCAGAUCAUAACUUCUUAACACAGCUGCCACCUGAGAUUGGAAACCUGAAAUGUUUAACAGUGCUGUUUCUCCAUUCCAACAAGUUGGAAUUACUUCCUGAGGAAAUGGGUGAUAUGGAAAGUAUAAAAGUCAUUAAUCUGAGUGAUAACAGACUAAAAUAUUUGCCCUUCAGUUUUACAAAACUGCAGCAGCUAACAGCAUUGUGGCUAUCUGACAAUCAGUCUAAACCACUCAUACCGCUGCAAAAGGAAGUAGAUAACGAGACGCAGAAAACUGUACUCACAAACUAUAUGUUCCCUCAGCAGCCUAGAACCGAGGAUGGACUGUUCAUUUCUGAUAAUGAAAGUUUUAAUCCAGCUUUGUGGGAAGAAAUGCGGAAACAACGUGCUCAAGUAGCUUUUGAAUGUGAUGAAGAUAAAGAUGAGAGAGAAGCACCUCCAAGGGAAGGUCAUUUAAAGCGGAAUCCUACACCAUAUCCUGAUGAAUUGAAGAACAUGGUGAAAACUGCCCAGACCAUUGCCCAAAGAUUAGAGUCAACUGAGGCAGCCAGCAAAGAAGCCAAGAUAAAAGAAGCCCAGCAUGUGUCUGUAAAAAGCACAGGUGUCAAGACUUCUGAAAACCUUGCAGGUGAUAACAGUAAUAUUGAAAUUGAUGGGAUAAUGAUGAAAAACUGUGCUCAAGAGCAUAGUAAUCCUGAAAUCAAAGAAAAUCCUGAGCGGUUGCAGUUUGUUGUGCAAGACAUAUCUUACAAGAACACCAAUGACGUUGUCAAUCAUGAAGAAACUCUUGAAGACUCUGAUAUUUCUUCUGAUGAGGAAAUGAAGAUAGCAGAGAUGCGUCCACCUUUGAUAGAGAUAUCUGUAAACCAGCCAAAAGUUGUGGCACUCAGCAAAGACAAAAAAGAUGAAAGCAAAGAUGUGGAUUCAUUGCUAGAUGACACAGUGCCCAAUAGCAAUCAGAACAACAGCAACUGUUCCUCACCUUCUCGAAUGUCUGAUUCUGUCUCUUUGAAUACUGAAAGCAGUCAGGACAUUUCCCUUUGUUCCCCAGAAAGGGAGUCAAAAUUUUCACUUAUUUCCAGAACCAGACAAGAAGAUGAGAAUUCUAAUAAAAUAAAAGUGGCAGUACCUGUUCUUUCAAAUGGAUCCAAUCCAAGUUCAUAUUUGCCUGAUACUGGAAAAAAUCAAAGGGAAGUAAGAAAGACAAAAGAACUAAUCACACCUGGUGAUUUUGAUAUUAUUAUUGAGGAGAAACUUGCCUUUGUAGAAAAAGGUAUCACUUUGUCAGCAGCUGAAGAGGCUUUCAGACUAGACCAAAUAAACAUGAAUAUAAGCAACCGUUUGAACGAAGAUUAUAUUGGACAGCUCAGUACACUAGAAAAUUCCAAGAAUGUUAUGCAGGCAAUCAUGUCCGGAAAAGCACUUUUAAAUACUGCAAAGCAGGCAGAGCACUUGGAAAUUGAAAAUCGGUAUCAAAGGUCAGUAACUGCAAAUCACUUAAAUGGUAGUUUUGAGGAAACAUCACCAUCUCCAAAGAAGGCAGAAAUGGGAGAAGUUGGUACAGACAAUGUAGUUCUUAGCACUGAUGUUGCAAUAUCCAGAAGCACUGAAGAACUGUCUCCAAAGCGAGCAUGUCCAUUAGGCCCUGUGGUAAAAUCUCACAGUAUAAGUAACAUAGAGACAGGGGGACUGAAACUUUAUGAUAUCGUCACAGGUGAUGGUCUGCAACAGAAUGCUGUUCCAAGAGCACAGACUGCAAAUGUACAUUCACCUCACAUAGUUCGCAGCAAAUCUGCUUCUCUCUUAACUGAUCAACCCUUGCAAGUGUUUCCAGCUUCAUCCUCCUCUUCUGACUUGUUGACAUGCACUGUAACUACAACAAAGUUUGAUUCGAACUAUAAGUGUGAAGGUGCUAGUGCCAGAGGCUCUACAACAGGUAACUCACAGAUGCCAGUAGUACCUCAGUAUAACAUCCAGUAUAGUAGUACUUCAACCAAAGAUGGCUUGUGGCCACAAAGAACUGUACCAGCAGAGCAUGGAAAUUUGCCCACCCAGCAUCUUCAAAGGAUAGAUGCUUUUGAUGGUUCAAACUGCAUGAAACAUCCUGCAAACCUAAACUUUUCAAAUCACAAUAAUGUUCGAGCAACUAUGGCUUACAACAUGCAACAGAGGAUGGCACCUAGACAGAUUGAUAUGUGGGCAGCGCCUCCAAAUGACAGGUUUGCCAGAAAUAACACUCUUCAAAGACAGAACAGUGGCUCAUCAAAUGGCUCGGUAACAGUCAGUGAAUCUGCCCAGCCGAGGCGUAUUGCAGUCCCUGAAGGAGAUUAUAUGACUUACAGAGAUUUGCAUCAUAUGGGAAGAGGGGAACAAUUGGCUCAAGGCAUGCAGAGACCUAUUUCUGCAAGGACCUAUAGCACUGAUGGUCCUGCUGUGUCCAGGGCACAGAUUGCACGGCCACCAGUAAAUGAGGUACCUGAAAGAACUAUGUCAGUUAGUGAUUUUAACUAUUCUCGGACUAGUCCCACCAAAAAAGCAAACAUUAGGGUCAAAUCUGAACAUUCAUUACUUGAGCCCCAAGGGAUGAGCAGAGUACCUCAUGACUGGAGAGAACAAGUACUACGACACAUAGAGGCAAAAAAAUUAGAAAAGAGCAUGCUGUCUCGGUCCUUUAAUUCUGGUCAUGUCGCACUUUGUAGCUUUCCUUUUGGCAGCUCUAGGGAACUGCAUGGCAGUCAGGGCAGUGUUGCCCUAAGUGUUGCAGACGGAAGAAGCUGUGGUGUACGCUUUACUCGUGGAGGGAGCAUAGGGGAACCUUACCAAGAUGAAGUAUUCUCUUCUGGGCAGCAGAGUUAUUCUGCUACAGCACUUAAUUUAAAAGAAGCCCAGUCAGACACCAUGACAAAAGUACCUCUUACAAAUGGUCAAAUGGGGCAGCCUUCAUGGUCUCAGUCCAACUACUUUCAAGCCCAUCAUCCAGUUCCGCAAGCAACUGUUGCGAGGCAUCCCUCCAGAGAGCAGCUUAUUGAUUAUCUGAUGCUGAAGGUAGCCCAGCAGCCUACUUAUUCCCAGACCCUGGGACCUCCAAGACAGGGCCACGAGAUCCGUGUAAGAAUUGAGAAGAACCCAGAACUUGGAUUUAGUAUAUCAGGAGGUAUAGGCGGCAGAGGAAAUCCAUUUAAACCAGAUGAUAAUGGUAUAUUUGUGACCAGAGUUCAGCUCGAAGGACCAGCAUCUAAAUUGCUUCAGCCUGGUGAUAAAAUAAUUCAGGCCAAUGGGUAUAGUUUUAUUAACAUUGAUCACACGCAAGCAGUAUCGUUGCUGAAGACGUUUCAAAACACGGUGGACCUAGUCAUCUUAAGAGAAGUUCCUGUAUAGCAGUUGAGUUUUAUCAAGUAAAGAAGAGAAGCCAGCACAAUUCCCUGUACAAGACUUACAUGUAUAUAAAUAGGAAUUCAAAUGCUUGUGAAAAAUUUUAUGGUUAGGAAAAAUUGUUAUAUUUCCAGUCAUGUUUCAACUAUGUACAGUAAAGAAGUGCAGCAAACUUUGGUAAUGGGGCAGAAUCACUGUAGAUUUCAGGGGGUACUCACCAGGUAAAGGUUGCUGUUAAUGUAGCCAACUGGUUGGGGGGGGUUUAUAAGACUUCACAGCAAUCAUGUUAUCACUGCUAAGUGAAUGCACCCAUGUGCUUUUAUGUACAGAUUGUAGUUUUAUUUUUGAAUAAUUCAUAUGCAUUACCAGGCAUUGUAUAGGGCAAUAGUGAGCCUGAAGUCUAGUCUGUAGACAGAUGGCAGAGCUGUCUGUGUCACUGUUGGUCAUGCCUUUAUUUUUUUAUUACUUCUUUUUUACAGUCUAGGACUGAAAUCACUCCUGUAGACUACACGAGGGGCUGAAAAUAAGGGCCUUGCUAUAUGUGCACAUUUCUAUAGAUAAAUGGAAUUAUGGUUGGACUACAGUAAUCAAGACAGAUGCAUUUCUUUUUUUGUAUGAACGUACAAAAAGGCAAGAAUGGAGAACACAGUAAUAGCCAAACAUUAUUAUUUGGCCUCUUUUUACCAGAUGUGGUUCAUUUUAUACAAGUUUUGAAUGUUGAAUUUCAGUACUUUCUAUUGAAGUUAGGCAUAUUUGUCUAUUCAAAAGUAACAAUGUUAGAAUUGUAAACUAGUUUUCUUUUAGAAAGUAUGUUGUUGCACUGUAGAAGUCCCUUCCAUUUAUUUGAUGGGUAACAUUGGAUUGUGUUUUUUAAAAUUUAUAUUUUUCAAUGACAAAGAUUGAUUUAUGUUUACAGAAUGAAAAUAGCUAGUUUUUAGAUUAUUGCUCCUGAAGCAGGCCAUGGAUAGUUGAAGGAAUGGAGAAAACUCAACUUUCAUUUGGCUUUGCUUUGCAUUGUUUAAAUACACGGCAAAGCUGGGUGUAGGGCUAGUUAACCAAAGUGAAUGCUUAAACUGUGGAUUAAUAAUAAAGAACUGCUGAUAAAUAAUUGAUAAAGAAUACAGUAGGUACUCUGUUUUGAAAAGGUUGCCGUGACCUAUAUUUAAAGGGCUGAUUUUACUUCAAAGUGACCUUUGCAGUUGGUAGAAUACUUGUACAUCCUUCUGUAUUGGGGCCACUUUUAAAAAUCUCAAGAUCCUUAUGAUGAUAGCAGUCAUUAAUUCAACCCAGGUGAUUUAUUUUUCCCUUACUUAGCCUUUCCCUUGGCUGGAGCUUUCUCCCUACAAAUCCCAUUUGCCUCUGUCUAAAGAGGUUCCUGAGAACUUUUCCUUAUCCAGUCUAUUCAACUCCCAGUUUUUUGCCAGGGAGCAGAAAAUGAAACCAGAAGGUGAGGAUUUUCAUAUCUUUCAUAUUGUGGAUGUUCUUCAUCAGUUGUGUUUUUGUGGUUUUACAUUUACCGGAGUCAUAUUUGCGAGUAUAGGACAGCAUGCUACUUGUCUAGUUUCUUUUCCUCAUGCGAAAAGUUUUGCAGUUACCAAAUAUACUCUGCCUUGAAUGUACUGACAUCUGUAUUGUCUUUUGAUACUAGAAGGUUGUUAGGAGACACUACCAGUGGUGGAGUGGGUGUGGCUAACUUCAGUGCAUGUUUCAAGAAUAUGUCCAUGGUUAACUUCUGUGCCAUUGCCACCUAGCUGUUUUGUAUAGCUUUACCGAGUACCGUGGUUUACAGUGACAGCUUACAUCAAUGUCACACAUCUGCUUUUCAGGCUCUUUCCACCAUCUUUUGAAGCUGUUUUGGGGCUUCUACCAUGUGCUUCUCAUAAUGCAGAGGGCUACUCGACUUAAAGGUAUAACAGAUUUGUAAGUAGUCACUGUCAGUUGAUUGUCUGGAAGACCUUUGGAACAAAUGUCUUUUUCCUUGCCUUUCUCCCUAUGUUUUAGUUCCCCUUUUGAGGGAUCUUGUAGAUUGAUAUAGCUGUUGUAGGAGAAUGCUGCCCUGUAGGUAGACAUCAGGUUUAUACUUUCAUAAGCUUAUCAGUUAGUAUGUCGUCUUGCAUGUGCAAUCUGAAAUUCAAGCAGGGGAAGAACUGGGGUUUUUGUGCAUGUGUGCCCUCAGCCCCUUAGAGUAUGUUAACCCUUGAAAAUGAGAACUUGAGAUUUUUAAGAAAAGUCAUACAAAAAGGCAGGGAAAGGAGAUUGUUAAAAAUGAUUCGACCCACUGCAGAGGGACCUGUUGAAGAACAACCAAUAUGGCGAUAAACUCGUAUUUGCUACUUCUUGCAGGUGUUGCAAAAUGUGAAUUUUCUGCUUUGGACUUGUUAAAAGGUUACUAGCUUUUUUUUUGUUUGUUUUUUUUUUUUUUUUUUAUUGUAUUAGUGACUUAACACAGGCUGCCUUUCUUCAUACUUCAUUUUUUUACACAAAACUACUGUUUAUGUUUGACCAAAAUAUUAUCAUUUUUUACAUUUUUUCUUUGUGUGUAAACGCAUUGUUUUAUCACUAGUAGUAACAGAUACUGUGUGGUUGCUAUGGACCAGAGAAAAGUGCCGUAGAAGACCAUGAACUGUUUUUAUUGCAAGUUUAAAUGGCCUAAGCCUUGCAGUACAGCAAUAUUCAGUUAAGUAGAUUGAUAUUAUUUAUCAUCAUGGAUGUUUGUUAAUGCUUUCAAAUGUCCAUGAAUAGCAUACCCGAAAUUCAGCAAUAGUUAAUUUUUAGUCUGGACUGAUAUAAUAUACUAGCCUACCUCUCCAAGAAACUAGGUGUGUUGUCAGUCUGAAUUAUGUAAUUCUAUUCAUUUUAAAGGGAAAGUAAUCCCCUGUAAUUUUGAAUAAGUGGGACAGCAUAAUUAAAAAUGUAAACUCAAGUUAAUGUUGCACUUCUUUUAAAUGUGCUAUUAUUUUAGCACAGAAAUAUCA